UAUAACUUUGAAUUUUUAUUAGGUUUCUAAAUUUUAUCUAUUAUCGAACAACAUCUUUGGGUCAUAGGUCAACCAAAGAUGUUUUUUUCAUUCAUCUUGCUUCGAGUAUAAAUUGUUAGUAGACCAGAUUUUUAGCCAUCAUUUGUCGUUCGACUACUUUAGUGGAUUGAUGGUGAAAAAAUCGUUGAAAAUCUCAUACGGACCACCUACAACAGUCUAAAAAAAAUGAUAGAGACCUUGAUCAUCGGUUUGUGUAUUUUUAUGACCACAUCGUAUGCUAUGACUGAUAUCAAGAUAGUUUCCUCCAAUGGAUAUCAGUCAAAAACACCAAUCCAGACAUAUGUUUCCAGUCACCGAAAUAAACCACCAUUUACAAGGAAUAAAAUUCAGCAAUCAUCUACAGUUCAACCAACGCCGAUUCCAAUCAAUAAUCGUAAUCGAUUUUCAAACGAUGGUGAAUUGAUUCAAUCAUCAUCAUAUGUUGCUCCAUCACUUGCCGCUGCUAUUCAAAGUAAACGAUAUCUAGAAUUAGUUUCUUAUUCAAAUCAAAUGGAAGCUCCAAUUCAACCACAAAUAAUUGAAGUAGAUGCAAUCACUGCACCGGUACAAUUUGUUUUUCGUUCAGCUUCUGGACCGUUGCUAUUUCAACAAGUUCAUGUUCCAUCUUUACGUAAUGAACCACAGCAUACAAAAUCAGAAGAGCCAGCACAAUUAUUAACGCAUGAAGUUUAUAAACCAAUAAUCCAGGAGCUUAGAGAAAUCAUACAACCAUAUCGUCAUGUUUCACAAGAAAUUAAACCUGUAAUCGAAGAGGUAAGAACAGUUGUAGCACAUUCCGAUAAACAAUCAAUAAUGACACCGGAAGAAGUGGAAAUGAAACAACAAGAACAACCACAACCUUCGUUAAAUUCGAAUGUCGAAUCUAAUCAACAACCAAAUUUACAGACAAUAGCCAUUUCUAAUCGUCCACAUAUUGGAAUCAAAACUAUUCAACAAGUUGCCGAUACUAAACAAGGAACAAUGAAUUUUACCUGAUUAGACCUAUUUAUUUAUAAUAUAUAAAAUUAUUCAUUUUUUCAUCCCAUAUAACACUAUAUAUAUCCAUUCAUAUGUCCACAAAUGCCCAAUAUGUCUUUUUUUUACUAUUUUUUCAUUUUUU